AUUCUUUCUCCGCCAGUCACAAGGGUUCGCGCUCACAACGCUGUUUCGGAGAGCUUGGAGACCGGAGAGCAAGUGGUUAAGGGCUGCCGUGUAGUUGGAAGUUUCCGGAGACUGGAGCGCAGUGGCGCCGAUGAUUAAGAAAAUGCCAGGCCAAAAAUAUGAGAUUGGUGAGACUGUGAUGGGUCGGUGGCCAGGAAGCAGCCUUUACUAUGAAGUGCAAGUGGUGGGAUUCAAUAGCAAGUCUCAGGAAUAUAAAGUCCUUUAUAAAGAUGGAACUGAUCUGGAUCUUAAGGAGGGUGACAUUAAGAGACAGAAUAUCUUCAACCGGAAAAGAUCCUCCUCUCCCUCAAGACGCAGGAGUCGAUCCAGGUCCCGAUCUCCAGGGCGCUCUCGCUCUCCUGCACGUCGCCGUUCCCCUCUGCGUCCAAGUUCUCCAGGACGACCUGCAAAGAAUGGACAUCAGUCAUCUCUAAUCCGAGAUAUCAAAAAAGGGGAUACACUUCAAGUGCACCUAACCCCCGUGAAAUUGCAGGACUACAGUACCGGCAAACAUAAUGGUGAACCCGAAGGCUUUGAGAAAAUAACUACACGCCACAGAGCAACACCAGUUAAAGCAAUAGAGCUGAUGGAGGAAGAGUUGGAAAGGAAUGAAAAGGUUUUGCAUUACAGUCUCAGCCCGAGACAGGAGAGCAGCAUACCAACAGGGAUUGUGCUGGCAGACAGUGUACCGACAGAAACCUUGCCAGAAAUGACUGAGAAGAAUGCUGAGAAUCCAAAACUGGCAUUUGGAGGAGCAAUCGGUUGCUUCCUAUUUAUGGUCUGCGUUCCUGCUCUUCUCUACUACCUCCUGGUGGUAUGUGGGCAGCAAUACACAUCAGGCUAUCCAUUUGUGGAACUUUUAGACAUUCAAGUUUUUGGGUUCUUUGUUUUGUGGACGUUGCUACAAGUGAUCUUGUACCUGCUUCCACUUGGAAAGGUUGUAGAUGGAGCACAGCUUAAAAACGGAAAAAGGCUAAAGUAUCGUAUCAGCGGAUGUUCUGCUUUCUUUCUGACUGCAGCAAUAAUGGCGGGGAUGAAGUAUUAUUAUGAAAUCAACUUCCUUUAUAUAUUUGAGCACUAUCUUCAGUUUGCAGCUUCUGCCACAUUGUUUUCGUUUCUAUUGAGCAUUUACCUUUAUGUACGAUCCUAUAAAGUCCCAAAUGAGGAGCUUUCUUGGGCAGCAAAUUCAGGGAACUUCAUCUAUAAAUUUGUCAUGGGCCGAGAAAUAAACCCACGUAUUGGAAAUCUUGACCUUAAAGUUUUUGUUGUGAUUCGGCAAGCAUUAAUGAGCUGGGUUCUUAUUAAUUUAAUCAUGCUCUUCGCUGAAAUGAAAGUACACAAAUGGGAUGAGCCGUCCUUAUCGAUGAUCUUGGUGAACAGUUUUCAGCUGCUGUAUGUGCUUGAUGGUUUCUGGAAUGAGGAAUAUUUUUUAAUGUCACCGGAUAUUGUACGUGAUGGAUUUGGUUUCCUUUUGGCAUUUGGAAGCCUGGCAGUGGCCCCAUUCACUUAUUCCUUACAGACUUAUUACUUAGUUAACAACCCUGUGGAUUUGUCCAGGCAGGCAGCUUCCGCCAUUGUGGCCUUGAAAUUUUUGGGUUACAUCAUAUACCGAGGUGCCAAUAACCAGAAAUGCGCCUUCAGGCAGAAUCCAGAUGAUCCGCGACUUUCCCAUCUGAAGACUAUUCCUACCUCAGCAGGAAGCAAGCUCUUGAUCUCUGGAUGGUGGGGCUUUGUCCGUCAUCCUAAUUACUUGGGUGACAUAAUAAUGGCUUUAGCCUGGUGUUUGGCCUGUGGCUUUAACCACAUUUUGCCCUAUUUCUACGUGAUCUUUUUAACAUUACUUCUAAUUGACCGAGCCGCCAGAGAUGAACAGAGAUGCCGAGAGAAAUACGGGCUGGACUGGGACAAGUACUGCCAACACGUGCGUUAUCGCUUACUCCCAUAUGUUUACUAACGACAUAUCAUGGGCCUUCCCUGCUUUUGGAGGGUUACAUGCAUACCAAAACCUGUGUAGAAAUAGCAGGAGCUGUAUAUAAUGUUUUUACAAAUUCUUUUUUUAAAAAAUAUAUAUUUUUAAGUGCAAAUAUAUUUAAAAGAGCAUAUGUUUUUUUUUAACACAUGGGUGCUUGCUUCACUAUUAGCUCUUUCUCUGAAUGUUUUUGUUUUUUUUAGUUAAAGUUCCGUUUAAUGGUAUAAAAAUCAUUGAGUCAUCCGUAAUUAGCUCUGCCAAAACCUGCUAUAGGAAGACAAACAUUAGUUGUCAAUUUGCCAUCAUUUUUAUUUACGGAUCAAACUAGUUCCUGAUCAGAAAGCAGGAAAUCUAUUUCCUGUCUUCUCCACCAAUCCCCAUUAAGUCUUGUCUCACAACUAAGGCUGACAAUUGCCACAUGCGCAGAGCUGGCAGUUAUACCCUGGUUACUCUCAUCAGUUGAAUGUAGAUGCUGAACUUCAUUCCAUACAAGGGAGCUUUCUUGACUUAUUUUGGGUUUGAUUGUCUUGUAUAAAUGAUCUUAUUGACUACAGGUUGCCAUGUAAAUGCUUUAAUAGGUUGGUC